CUAGUGAAGAUCUUUACUCUAGAUUCUCGUCGUCUGUUGCUUCAUCAUCUGUUGUCGCAUCAGCUUUGCCUUCAUCUAGUGAAGAUCUUUACUCUAGAUUCUCAUCAUCUGUUGUUCCAUCAGCCUUACCAUCAUCCAGCGAAGCUCCUCACUCUAGAUUCUCAUCAUCUAUUGCUUCAUCAUCUGUUGUCGCAUCAGCUUUGCCAUCAUCUAGUGAAAAUCCUUACUCCAGAUUCUCGUCUUCUGCUGUUUCGUCAACUUUAGCAUCGUCUUGUCAAGGUCUUUACUCGAGAUUCUCGUUUGCUGUUGUAUCGGCAUCUGUUGUUUCUUCUAGUUUACCAUCAUCUAGUGGGAAAGGAAAUCGCAAAGAGUCUUCGUUUACGGCUUCUAUGUCGGUUACGUCUUUAGCAUCUGUGCUCCCGGAUGAGGCUACUAAAGUUGUCGGCAGCACGGAUUCUAUGGUAUCUUCUGCACCGGUUAGUUCAAUCCAUUCUCCUUCUAGUGUUAGGAAAGUAUCGGGAACUGGUCAUAAGUUCCCUGCUUCAUCAAUCUCCCAAACUGCAAGUUUUACCUCUAUGGAUUUAACCAAAGGUGUUUCAUCUACUAUAUACGGUUCAUUGACUACUGUUGCUUCAUUUACUAGAGCCAGCGUUUCUGUCACUGGCUCUCCAUCUUCCUCAGUAUCUGCUUCCUUUGCUAGUGAAGCUACUGGCGCCUCAGCUACCCGAGGCACCAGAACGAAUGUUGUUUCUCCCGAUGUAUCCACUUUGACUAGAUCCACUUCUCUCUUAGCAUCGUCCAGUGGCACUUCAGCCCCUGAUGUUACAAGUAUGACUAUCGCUCAAACCACUGCGUCUCUUGAAAGUUCAAGUGCGUUUUCUUCUAGCAUUAGGAAACUUAUUUCAAGUACUUCAGUACCAGAGUCUUUGUCAUCAUCAUUAAUAAGCCCUGACUCGGGCAAUUCCCCGAGCCCAGAAGGCUUAGACAAUGGACCUGAAUCUAACUCAGGCGAAGGAUCUAACUCUAUUAACAACUUCGGAAAUAGCUCGAAUGAUGAGUCUGAACCUGGAUACAACUCUAAUGAUGGAUCGACCUCUGGAGAUGAAAUUGGUGGUUUAGAAUCGUCAAUCCCGGAAGCUGAUAAUAGCCUAGGUGGUAAUGCUGCUGACUCAAAUGAAGCAUCAACUAGAGAUGCUGAUUCUCAAGUCACAGGUAUUUCCCAGUCAGUUGCAGCUGCUUAUACCAAAUUUGACAGUACUACAUUAACCAUUUCAACUUCUAAGUCUCCAAAUAUGGCUUCUUAUUCUGUAAUCAGUUAUGAUGGUGGUGUAACAAUCCAAAUUCCUACAAUUCUCAGUGCUUUGGCUUUAUUUUUGAGUAUUUUCCUCUAAUGAAGUCCUGAUGAUUUACCUUUUC